UUCCUCGUGAGUUUCCUGGUUGACGCCCGAGGUGGAGCCAUGUCAGGCUGUCGACAUUCGGGGGUGAGGAUCCUUGUACCCCCUAACAGAGCCACCAUGCCGACGAGGGUAACUUGCAAGUUGGUCAAAAAGGAAAAACUUUCUUUUCCUCCACAGUUAUUAGAAGGUGAGGGACUUGCCACACGAGUCCUCGUCAUGGGACCCGUUGGAGUCAAGUUUGAGGGGCCGAUAUUAAUUGAAGUUCCACAUUUCGCAUCUCUCCGUGAUAAGGAGCGUGAGAUAUGCAUCUUGCGGAGUGACAACGGUGAGACCUGGUACGAGCAUGGACUAUCAGCAACUGAAAGUAACGUUCAAGACGCUAUGGAUGGACACUUCGAUGAUGUAGAAAAUGCGGAAAACUUCUACCAAAGACGCGUAACUCGAAUAUUAACAUCCGAUCUUCCUGAAUAUUUUGCCAUUGUAACUCGUUUGAAGCAAGAGAUAAGUGUGAUAGGUCCCCAAGGGGGCAUCAUUAGUUCAACUGUCAUACCUCAAGUUCAAGCCGUCUUUCCAGAAGGAGCUUUAACAAAAAAUAUUAAAGUCGGACUUCAGGUAUUACCAAUAUCGCCCGAUCUCGUCAUGAAGAUGUUAGGAAACCGAAUUGCUGUUAGUCCUUGCGUAACGAUUGAACCGAGAAGAAGAAAAUUUCACAAGCCAAUAACACUAACAUUGCCAUUGCCUCGAGCUUCGCAGAAGAGCAUGAUGAACCAAUAUGCAUCAGAAACACCGACGUUAAGACUGUUAUGCAGUCUGGCGGGUGGAUCAAUGCCAGCCUUAUGGGAAGAUAUCACCACCACUACGCCGUUAACUUUCGUCCAAGAUUGCGUGUCUUUCACAACAACAGUUUCAGCAAGAUUCUGGCUAAUGGACUGUCAAAACAUCUCUGAUUCAUCUAAAAUGGCUAUGGAUCUGUACAGAGAAUCUAUCUUGGUGCCUAUGUUUUCUCGAUUUGUCGUCUUUUCGAAACGUUUGCACACGAAUCCACAAGAAGCUCGACUUCGAGUGUUUUGUGUCACCGACGACAAGGUCGAGAAAACAUUAGAGACCCAGGAGCAUUUUGAAGAAAUAGCCACGAGCAGAAUAACAGAGGUUUUAGAUGGCAGACCGUUGUUCAUAGAGAUGAUUGGAAACUUGAUUCCUAUAACAAAGUCAGACGAGCAGCUACAACUGAGAGUUAAAUCAUUCCACGAAAAUAGACUUCCUUUUCUUGUUCGAAUUCGAAAUUCAGACGAAGAAGCUUCCGGCCGAAUAUUUUUCAUGCGUGAUCCUAAACAUUUUAGAAACGAAUCUCUGCCACCACCGAGCCCCGUCUGCAAUUUACUACUGACACUACCUGAUGUUCUCAGGAGCGAGUCUAGAAGAAUUAGUAGCGAAGAAAUAGAUCAAAGUGAGUUUAUAGUAUAUUUUAGUGCACUAACAGUUUUAUUAACAUUCAAUGCACAAAAUGUUAAAUUUAUUUAUAACUACUUUUUGAAUAAUAAAAAGAUUGUCUUUUUAAGUUACUUUUAA